GUUAUAUGAUUGUGAAUUGAAAUGUUAGUGUAAUAGUGUUCAUACUACUUCAACAUAUAAAUAUGCCACGUAGAUGCUGCAUGCCUGCUUGUAGAGGCAAUUAUACUGCUCAGGAAAGAGUCAAUAGAUUCCAUUUCCCUCGUGAAGAAGAUGCAAGGAGAGAAUGGAUAAGAGCAGUUCACGUUGAUAAUUUUACCCCUUCAGAUCACUCUGUGGUUUGUGAGCUGCAUUUCCAUGCACACGGUAUAGAAAGAACUACAUCAGCAUAUGAUGCUAAGACUGGAAGAUUAAUUACAGCGCCUCUUGACCGUCCACGUCUAAGGAAAGGUGCAAUACCAGCACUGUUGCCAGGAUCUCCUAAAUAUUUAUCUACACCGUCAGUAUCAAGAGAACAUCCUGAAGAUUGAAGACAGCUUUUGGAAAAUGCUUUUGUGAGAUCUGCGCUGAAAGAAAGUUUGAUUACUCAUGAAGACCAUAAGAAGGCAAUACAUUCUCCUCGUUGAAGGAAUUAUAUGAUAAAAUUAAUAGUAGUGAUUUGAAUGAGUGAACCUGUGUCAAAAAGUUGAAAAAGUUUAAUAGUGUGUAUUUUUUUUUAAUUAGUGAAGUACCAUUUUUGAAAAUUCUGUGUUAUGUCACAAUUAAUGCAAAUCUCACUCUCACUGUCCAUGUCAAUGAUUUACAGCUUGGUCACAUAGGGGACAUUAAGCUUCCAGUAACUGU